UGGAGUGAGCAGAUCUCUCUCUUCCUCCUUCUCUCGCUCCAUUUCUCUCUCCGUCUCUCUCUCUCUCUCUCUCUCUCUCUCUCUCUGUCUCUCUCUCUCUCUCUCAGUCUGUCUCUCUUUCCACCCUGUGUGUUCCCUCAUGCCCCAUUUGGAGUGGACAACACACACCCGCUUUUGUGUCUCCACUGCGUGAGUUCGACUGAGUGUGAGCGUUAGGCGUCUCUACUGAGUGUGAGCGCUAGGCGUCUCUACUGAGUGUGAGACUUUGAGCGGUAGCUGAGCAGACUGCAGGACACAUUUGCUCCCUGUCAGCUUGUCUCUAAGUGGACUCACUGACUGGAUCAUCCCACUGAUUCCCCACCUACAGGGUGACCAUACGUGGGCGACCAUGUUGGGCCAGAGUGUCCGUUUGCAGCCAGUACCCAUCCAGAGCCUGUCUGAGCUGGAGAGAGCCCGGCUGCAGGAUGUGGCCUGCUACCAUCUGGAGAAGAGGGACCUGGACUUCAACAUCAGCAUCCCCAGAGAAAUCCGCAAGAGGAGGAAAUCACUCAGACGGAAGUUUGACUCCUCCAAAGAAAAGAAAGAGAAAGAACGAGAGACAGCCGCCAAGGCGUUUGGUAUAACCCUCUCCCAAGCGAUAGCCAACGACCGGGCGUACAAGCAGCGCCAGGAUGCUCUGAAGGAGAGCAGAAGAGACUGUCUGGAUCUGGAGGCCAGCGUCCUGAUGUUCCGGGCUGAAAAACGCCCGUUUAGCGACGGGAACAAACCCCUCUGCAGCACGGCUUCAUCACCCUUCAGUGGAUCUACAGCUUCAUCUUCAUCAUCCUCGUCAGUGCUGGAGCUGCACAGCAAGCCGCUCUCACCCAGGUUCCUGGAUAACACGGCUAGAGUGCAGAGACGGGGUGGCCUAUCAGUGGACUGCAUCUCAGAUCUUGUAGAGAGUCAGUCCCGCCUGUUGGAGGCGCUACAGCUGUCCCACCCUGCAGAGCUGGAGCUGAAGAAGACUGCAGCCGGAGCCGGGGGGCGGACCCAGACCAAGCUCAGCCUCAACCCCAUCUAUAAACAGGUCCCCCGUGUGGUGGAACACUGCUGCUGUCACAUAGAGAGACACGGGCUACAAACUGUGGGGAUCUUUCGUGUUGGCAGCUCCAUAAAGAGAGUUCGGCAGCUGCGUGAGGACUUUGACAUGGGGACAGAUGUGUGUCUGGAAGAGGAGACCAGUGUCCAUGACGUAGCAGCCCUGCUGAAGGAGUUCCUCAGAGACAUGCCUGACCCUCUACUGCCUAGAGAGCUCUACUCUGCUUUCCUCCACGCCAACCUUCUGCAAGGGACAGACCAGUUCCUGUACCUCCAGCUGCUCCUCUACCUGUUACCGGCCUGUAACUGUGAUACCCUGCUCCGCCUCCUCACCCUGUUACACACCGUACAGAGCCACGCACAGGACACCACAGGACCACAGGACACCACAGGACCACAGGACACCACAGGACCACAGGACCAGGUGUUCCUAGGCAACAAGAUGACAGCAACUAACCUGGCGGUGAUAUUUGGUCCCAACCUGUUGCAGGGGGAGAGGGGCGGAGGGGACAGGGAGAUGAGUCCUCAUGCCAUGGACAUCGAGGACAGCUCCGCCAUCAUCAACGUCACCCUGCAACUUAUACAGAACUAUAAGCGACUAUUCACGGUGUCAGCAGAGCUCCAACAAGAGGUGCUGAUGAGUCUCAUUCAGACGGAUCCUGACAUCAUCGACUAUCUUCUCCGCAGGAAACUCAGUCACCUGGCGGUGGGGACAGUAGAUACGGGGAGUCGGCGGGACACGGGGGUGUCUCUGGACUCUGUGGGGUCAUUCAGUGAUAGCCUGUCACCCCUGGAGACCCCCUCGCCACUCUUCAACUUGUCCCCCCUGGAGCCCCCCUCUCCCCUCUUCAACCCUGACGGGCCCGGGGACGGCAGCCUGACCAGUGAGGUGUUCUUUAACCUGGAGGCGCUACGGCACCACAACAACAAGAAACGCUCCAACGUGAUCCUGUCCAAGUCCAUCGGCCAGAUGAGACAGUUCCACUCCAACCACAACCUCCUGAGUCUGUCCCAGUCCUCUAGCAGCUCCAGAGUCCACCCAGAGGACAGCUACCAUGCCCAGGAACAGAGGGCUCCGCUGGGGGAAGAUCUGAGCUUCACCCUGGGGGCUGCCUCAUGCUCCAGCCUGGGAGGACAGGGGGAUAACAGUGUCUGGGUGAGACAGACACCCCAGGAGGAGAGAGAGAAACAGGUGGCUAACAGUGUCUGGGUGAGGCAGGCGCCCCAGGAGGAGAGAGAGAAGCCAUCUCCAAGUCAUUCCAGUUAUUUCUGGGACUUCUUCACAGGGAAGAGCUCGGGGUCAGAGACCAUGGUAUGAUAGGACACGACACUGGGGGGUGCGGUGGAGGGGUGAGUGCAUUCCAGGGGCGGAUUGGGACUAGAAAUCGUUGGAGCAGCCCACCGGGCUUUUGUCGGUUCUGCCAGUUUCUAGGCUGAUGGAAGGUGGUUGAACCAUGGACUCUAUGGGGGCGUCCAGUGGUAGCCUGUCACCUGAUCAUGAGAGAGAGGGUAUAUACACGUGUCAGACAAGCACAACCCAAACAUACUAAACACACUGUUUAAAUACUAACACUGCUUGGGACUAACAUUACCAAGGAAUUUUAGAUAUAGUUUUUUACUGUUGUUCCUAUAUCUCCUUUGGACUCCGAGUGAUGCGGCUGGAGACUGUUAUGGUACACUAUCCCUUAUCACAGUACAGCUUUUUACCCAGCUCAUGAAUUAAGUUUGAAACAUUGGUUAGGUUACAAUGAUGUGUGUGUGUGGGGGGGGGUAUAUAUAACUUCUUUGCUUCGGCUUCUGAUGCAAAAAAAAACAAGAAAUUGGGGCCUCUUCUUUCUAUUCCACAAGAGGGCAACCUUUACCACACCUCGUAUAUACAUCAUCUGGCUGCUGUGAACUGGACCUAUUACCCCACUUCACAGGACGAUUUGAAUUAACUACCAGCGACAAUAUGGCCGUAGAUAUGUUCUACAACUAAAGACAUUAGUUAAAUAAAGGUUACAUUUAAAACAUAUUUUAAAAAGACCUACCUAAAGAUUCUGGGAAUGCUGUGUACAGACCUACCUAAAGAUUCUGGGAAUGCUGUGUACAGACCUACAUAAAGAUUCUGGGAAUGCUGUGUACAGACCUACCUAAAGAUUCUGGGAAUGCUGUGUACUGUACAGACCUACCUAAAGAUUCUGGGAAUGCUGUGUACUGUACAGACAUACCUAAAGAUGGAGGGAGAAUGCUGUGUACUGUACAGACCUACCUGAAGAUGGAUGGAGAAUGCUGUGUACUGUACAGACCUACCUGAAGAUGGAGAGAGAAUGCUGUGUACUGUACAGACCUACCUGAAGAUGGAUGGAGAAUGCUGUGUACUGUACAGACCUACCUGAAGAUGGAGAGAGAAUGCUGUGUACUGUACAGACCUACCUGAAGAUGGAGGGAGAAUGCUGUGUACAGACCUACCUGAAGAUGGAGGGAGAAUGCUGUGUACAGACCUACCUGAAGAUGGAGGGAGAAUGCUGUGUACUGUACAGACCUACCUGAAGAUGGACAGAGAAUGCUGUGUACAGACCUACCUGAAGAUGGACAGAGAAUGCUGUGUACAGACCUACCUGAAGAUGGAGGGAGAAUGCUGUGUACUGUACAGACCUACCUGAAGAUGGACAGAGAAUGCUGUGUACAGACCUACCUGAAGAUGGACAGAGAAUGCUGUGUACAGACCUACCUGAAGAUGGAGGGAGAAUGCUGUGUUCAGACCAACCUGAAGAUGGAGGGAGAAUGCUGUGUACAGACCGACAGUUGAAGUCGGAAGUUUACAUACACCUUAGCCAAAUACAUUUAAACUCAGUAUUUCACAAUUCCUGACAUGUAAUCCUAAAAUGUCCAUGUUUUAGGUCAGUUCGGAUCACCACUUUAUUUUAAGAAUGUGAAAUGUCAGAAUAAUAGUAGAGAGAAUCAUUUAUUUCAACUUUUAUUUCGUUAAUCACAUUCCCAGUGGGUGAGAAGUUUACAUACACUCAAUUAGUAUUUGGUAGCAUUGCCUUUAAAUUGAUUAACUUGGGUCAAACAUUUCGGGUAGCCUUCCACAAGCUUCCCACAAUAAAUUGGGUGAAUUGUGGCCCAUUCUCCCUGACAGAGCUGGUGUAACUGAGUCAGGUUUGUAGGCCUCCUUGCUCGCACAAGCUUUUUCAGUUCUGCCCACAAAUUUUCUAUGGGAUUGAGGUCAGGGCUUUGUGAUGGCCACUCCAAUACCUUGACUUUCUUGUCCUUCAGCCAUUUUGCAAGUGUGCUUGGGGUCAUUGUCCAUUUGAAGACCCAUUUGUGACCAAGCUUUAACUUCCUGACUGAUGUCUUGAGAUGUUGCUUCAAUAUAUCCAUAUCAUUUUCCUCCUCAUGAAGCCAACUAUUUGUGAAGUGCACCAGUCCCUCCUGCAGCAAAGCACCCCCACAACAUGAUGCUGCCACCCCGCGCUUCACGGUUGGGAUGGUGUUCUUCGGCUUGCAAGCCUCCCCUUUUUCCUCCCAAACAUAACGAUGGUCAUUAUGGCCAAACAGUUUUUGUUUCAUCAGACCAGAGGACAUUUCUCCAAAAAGUACGAUCUUUGUCCCCAUGUGCAGUUGCAAACCGUAGUCUGGCUUUUUUAUGGCGGUUACACCUGUUAUAGCAACUUCUACUUUAUGAUAACCUCUUCCUUACCAUGUAAAUGUAGUAUUUUGUCACUUUUUAAAAUGUUUGUAUGCAUGUAUAUUAGUGUUCUUAUCACUUUAAGUUGUGUUGCUAAAGGGAUAUUUACAUCCUUCACCUUGGUAAUUACUAUUCUAUACUUUAAGUUGUGUUGCUAAAGGGAUAUUUACAUCCUUCACCUUGGUAAUUACUAUUCUAUACUUUAAGUUGUGUUGCUAAAGGGAUAUUUACAUCCUUCACCUUGGUAAUUACUAUUCUAUACUUUAAGUUGUGUUGCUAAAGGGAUAUUUACAUCCUUCACCUUGGUAAUUACUAUUCUAUACUUUAAGUUGUGUUGCUAAAGGGAUAUUUACAUCCUUCACCUUGGUAAUUACUAUUCUAUACUUUAACAAGCGAGAGUCCCUCAAGGUGUAGCUCAACCUUGACGUUUGUCUAUUUUUUUUUGACAGUUGUAUCCUACAAGUAUUAAAAUGUACAAUUGUU